AUCUUGACCGCUGCCCACUGUCUGCAAGGUCAGAGCGCUGCCAACCUCCGUGUUGAGGUUGGACUCCUGAACUUGUAUGACGCAAACAAUGGCUACAAGCAGACUGUUUCAGUGGCGUCUUUUGUCAUCCACGCCAGCUACAACGGUAACGGUGCAGGCAUCCCUAAUGACAUCGGCAUCAUUACCCUGAGUACAUCUUUGACUCUCAACUCCAACGUACAGAUAGCGACUUUGGCUCCAAGGGGAGCAUCUUUCGCCGGAGUCAGGUGCUACAUCACCGGAUGGGGCCGUACUGCUAGAAUCACCAAGAUCACCACAGCUGAUUGUGCAGCUAGAUGGCCAGGUCAGAACAUCAACAUUAGACACAUCUGUGUCUACGAGGCCUCAG